GUUGCACGCUGGCUGCUGCCACGACAGGAGCCGCCGCCGCCGCGCUCUCGCUUCCGACGCCGUUUUAUCUAUACCUACGUUAACACGCGCGCAACAACACCUACCCCCCUCGCCACCCCCGACCGCUUUUGAGGUUAUGUACACCGGCGGAAGAUCGUCGCGCACACCCUCGUGAGGACACGUCUCCGCAUGCGACGAUCAUCGCGCGGCGAAGCUGCUGCUGCUCUGCACGACCGCUCGAUUGAUGUAGCGCAAAUCGCGAAUACAUAGAUGCUAGAGGAGGAGACAGAGGCGGGAGGACACAGAGCAGCAGCAGCAGCGGGAAGAACAAGGCGGUGGGGACGAACGGCGGCACGGCUUCGGCUUUCGAGAUGAGCUAUGAAGGGGGACCACCCGGGCUUUCUUCUGGCCUGCUGCGUCCUGCUCACCGUUCAUCUGCUACAGCUGGCCAGCGAUGUGCGGGCUCUGCCUCCGGUCAUCAAAAUUGGUGCCAUUUUCACUCAUGACCAAAGAAACACUAGCACCGAGCUGGCCUUCAAGUACGCCGUGCAUAAGAUUAACAAGGACAGAAUCAUACUGCCGAACACGACCCUGGUCUACGACAUCCAAUACGUGCCUAAGGACGACUCUUUUCACGCGUCGAAGAAAGCUUGUCAGCAAGUUAAGUUCGGCGUGCAGGCCGUAUUCGGUCCGUCGGAUCCGAUCCUAGGUCAGCACAUCCACAGCAUAUGCGAUGCCCUGGACAUACCGCACCUGGAGGCCAGGCUGGAUCUAGACUCCGAGGCGAAGGAAUUCAGCAUAAAUCUGCAUCCUGCACAAAGUCUCCUGAACGCCGCUUACCAGGACGUCAUGACCUUCCUCAACUGGACCAAAGUCGCCAUAAUCUACGAGGACGACUACGGUUUGAUAAAGCUGAGGGAGCUCGUGAGGUCGCGAAAGGCGCAGGACAUGGAGGUGUAUCUGCGACAGGCUGAUCUCGACUCGUACAGGCAGGUCCUAUCGGAGAUCAAAGCCAAGGAGGUUCACAAUAUCAUCGUCGACACCCGAGCCGAGAAUAUGCACCAUUUUCUGCGUAUGAUACUCCAACUGCAAAUGAACGACUACAACUACCACUACCUCUUUACGACUUUUGAUAUUGAAACGUUCGAUCUCGAGGACUUUAAGUACAACUUCGUCAACAUCACUGCCUUUCGAUUGGUCGACGCGGAAGACGUCGGUGUGCGCGGCAUCCUCAGGGACAUGGAGAAGUUCCAGACCGAGGGUAAUAAUCUGCUCAACAAAUCCCGCGUCAUACAAGCAGAGCCCGCCCUAAUGUACGACAGCGUUCAAGUAUUCGCCGUAGGCUUGCGAACUCUGGAGCAAUCUCAUGCCUUGAGGCCGAUGAAUAUUUCCUGCGAGCUCGAGCAUCCCUGGGACGGUGGACUAUCUCUCAUCAACUACAUCAACUCGGUGGAGAUGAAAGGAAUUUCCGGACCUAUAGAAUUCAAGGAGGGUCGAAGAAUACAAUUUAAACUGGAUUUACUCAAGCUCAAGCAGCAUUCUCUAGUUAAGGUCGGAGAAUGGCGUCCAGGUCUGGGAGUCAACGUCACCGACACGUCGGCCUUCUUCGAGCCCGGCGCGACCAACGUCACCCUCGUCGUCAUCACGAUUCUGGAGCAGCCGUACGUGAUGCUGCGCAGCCGGGGCAACUUCAGUGGGAACGAGCGCUACGAGGGCUUCUGCAUCGACCUGCUCAAGGAAAUAGCGCACAUGGUCGGCUUUGCCUACAGGAUCGAGCUCGUGCCCGACGGCAAGUACGGCGUUUACGACUACGAGACCGGCGAGUGGAACGGCAUCGUUCGCCAGCUGAUGGACAAGAAAGCAGAUUUGGCAGUGGGCUCCAUGACCAUCAACUACGCCCGAGAGAGCGUCAUCGACUUCACAAAGCCCUUCAUGAACCUGGGAAUCUCCAUACUGUUCAAGGUACCGACGAGUCACCCGGCCCGGCUCUUCUCUUUUAUGAAUCCACUGGCAAUCGAGAUCUGGCUGUACGUACUGGCCGCCUACAUCCUCGUCUCCGUAACGAUGUUCGUGGUCGCCCGGUUCAGCCCGUAUGAAUGGAACAAUCCGCAUCCGUGCCACUCGGGACCCGAAAUCGUCGAGAAUCAGUUUUCGCUGGCGAAUAGCUUCUGGUUCACGAUCGGCACCCUAAUGCAGCAGGGCAGCGACCUUAAUCCCAAGGCUGCAAGCACACGCAUCGUUAGCGGCGUCUGGUGGUUUUUUACUCUCAUUAUCAUUUCGUCGUAUACCGCUAAUCUCGCGGCGUUUCUUACGGUGGAGCGCAUGAUAACGCCCAUAGAAAAUGCCGAAGAUCUUGCGAGCCAAACCGACAUUUCUUACGGGACCUUGGAAAGCGGCAGCACCAUGACGUUCUUCAGGGAUUCGAUGAUCGAGACGUACAAGAAGAUGUGGAGAUUCAUGGAGAACAGAAAACCGUCGGUUUUUGUGCCGACGUACGAGGAAGGAAUACAGAAAGUUCUCCAGGGCAAUUACGCAUUCCUGAUGGAGUCGACGAUGCUAGAUUACAUUGUUCAAAGGGAUUGCAAUUUGACACAAAUUGGAGGGCUGCUAGACACUAAGGGCUAUGGCAUUGCGACGCCGAUGGGUUCACCGUGGAGGGACAAAAUCUCGUUGGCUAUUUUGGAACUUCAAGAGAAGGGUGAGAUCCAAAUUCUUUACGACAAAUGGUGGAAAAGUCCAAGCGAUACGUGUCUGAGGAACGACAAAGAAAAAGGAAGCAAAGCUAAUGCACUAGGAGUAGACAAUAUAGGAGGUAUUUUCGUCGUUUUAUUAUGCGGACUGGCAUUCUCAGUGCUGAUCGCUAUUUUUGAAUUUUGCUACAAUUCCAAGAGAAACGCACCAGCAGAACGCCAAAGAACCCCAAUACCGCCGCCAACCUGCUCGGGAUCCCUGCAAGGAAUUCCUCAGGCAGCACAGAUGCAACAGCAAAGUCAGCAGCAGCAGGAAUCGCUGUGCUCGGAAAUGGCGCGCGAAUUAUGCCGCGCAAUACGUUGUCACGCCUCGUCGCGCAGGAGGAAAGCCUGCGAAAAAUGCUCGACUCACGUCGUCGGCUAUCCCAUAGAUAAUUCCACGCCCACACCAAUCAAUGGAGUGAGAUCACAAAGAAGUAGUCUGAGACUGGAUAUGUCGCCUCACAUUCACAUGCAUCAUCACUCGCCUCAACAAGAUUACGAUGGAAACUGACUACGACCAAGGAAAUAAAAUAAAUUUACAAGGAUACGCUUUAAAUUAUUUUUACCGAUAACGAUGUGUUUAUAGAACGCGACGAAACAUCAUUUGUACAACAUGCACAUUUCUUAGCAAUAAGAUAAAGAAAAUAAUUGUCUGAUAAAGUUGUCGUGCGUCCUUCGUCGUGAAUAACUUGUCUUUGUAUAGAAGGCUGUUAUGUCGACGCCUUACUUCUGCACAUAAAGUACAGAUUAUUUAUAUCAGAGGACAAAAGUCUUUAGAAAGAGUAAAAAUCAUACCGCAACAGAGAGUAAGUUACGUUUUUUUUUAUAACCCAAAAGAAAACUCACAAUUGUACGGAAAGUUUCUGAUGACUCUAAGAAACGACAAUUGUUUUAAUUGCUUUUGUAAAUAAAGUUUGAAGAAAAACAAAUGAAAAAGAGAAAAAGUAAAAUGAUAAUAGGUGUAAUUAAGUUGACAAAGUCGACAGGCUGGAUUAUAAUGAUGUGAAUUGUCGUGAAUAGCAUUUCAAAGCCCU